AUGAAUUCAAUCCCGGAGAAAGUCAAUAUUUCUCAUGCGAUGCCCUCAUCAAUGAUUAACGUGAUGAGGGAGGAUAUAAAACAGUUUCAACAAACUAAGGAGUUGGACCAACAGCAGAUGGAUAAAGUAGAUCAUUAUAUAGACCACUUAGACUCUAUCUUUGCGCAGUUUUGUAAAGACAACGAACAUGUUGAGAAGAAAACGGCAGGAGUCACGGAUGCAGACGUACAACUGUUCCAAGGGUUAAAGAAAAUGUAUUCGAAUUAUAUGAACCAAUUGAGUGACAUUAAGAAACGCAAGGUCGAAGAAGACCAGGAAUUCCACGCAGACAAGCCGCUGGAGUAUAUUUUAGAUGAGUUACCGUACUUGCAGCCUGCUGAACGUAAUAGGUAUAUUAGCACCUUACUCAAGGAGAAGGUAUCCUUUUCUAAAGACAUGAAAUUAUUUGACGGCAUCGCCAACUUGUGCUUACUAGACGGAUCUGUGAAAGAUUACCUACGAACAUAUAAGUAUUUGUUACAGAGUGUUGGAUUUACACAGGAAGAAAUCUUAAGUAGGAUUCCCUUUCUUGCCGAUGACUAUAGGCCAUCAGAAGCAGCAAAGAGGGAAUCAACGCCGGAUACGCCGUUGUCAUCUGACGCCCUCUCUCAGGACGCAAGUAAUGAUUCAACCAAUACGAAUAGUACUGCAUCUACUGCCAUAAGCUCUACGUCCACAUCUUCUAAUUCGGAGUCAAACGAGAGACCAGACGAAGACAGGAAGAAGAAGAUUUCUUUCUCCAAAUACCUAAAGAAAGACGCUUCAGAACCAGUAAAAAGAGCGAUGUCGCCUGAUGACCUUGCACAGCCUAUAGUGAAGAGGCAGAAAUUCGACUGGCCGGUGUCAAUAAUCAAGGAUGACAAGAAGGUAAAGAAGCAGCGGUCGAUUAUUCGGUUUGUUGAUGAUUCCAAGCUUGUUACUGUUUUUGGGGACGAUCUUCCUGACACCGGCGUCAUAACAUCACCCGAUAGAUUAAAGAAAAUUCUCAAUCCUUAUGUUGAAGGUGAACCAAGGGAGUUUAUAUUGGAAUCAUGGAAAAACCAGAAGGCCCGUAAGUUGAUCAUCGAUGUGGGGAUUAUUGAUGAUUCAGAUAUUGCCGAAUCUAGAAAUGGACCUGUGGCAAUAACAUCUAAAGUUCCGCCCAGUUACAGGCUGAACUUUACCAAAUUCAGUGAUGAGCUGGCGAAAUCCCACAGGUCCCCAGCUGAGGUUGAGGAAGACGAGCAUGAUUUAAAAAAUCACAAAGGAAAGCAAAGGGGCGGUAAAGGUCCUAUAAUUGUCAGAGCAUUCGGUAGAAAUGCAUUAUUAUUAAAAAAGGAUAGAGGAGGACUUCCAUAUAAAAAGGUGCCAGAGGUCCGUAAAAACCUGUAUCCUACAAGACCCGAUGACGAUUAUACCUAA